AAGAGGGGAGGUAGGGAGAGCUUAUAAGGCCCCGAGGAACAAACGAGGAACACAGUUUUCCUGAGUGUGGAAACUGUCACAUCAAGACACAACUCAAGAUGGCUCUCCUCUGUGUGGCCUCUCUCCUGUUGGUCCUCUCUUUUGUUGAUGCUUUCCAGUACUCAGAUCUGGCACUGUACAUAGACAGCCAUCAGGAAGAAUAUGUCGAGGCUCUGCGGGACUGGGUAGCUAUUGAGAGUGACUCCAGCAACAUCCUAAAAAGGCCUGAUCUGCACCGAAUGAUGGAUGUAACUGCUGAAAAACUGAGGGAGAUGGGAGGCAAUGUGGUGAUGGUGGACAUUGGAGAACAAGAACUCCCUGGUGGUCAGCCUCUAGCUCUGCCCAAAGUGGUGACAGCUCAUUUUGGGAACGACUCUCAGAAACACACUGUGUGCAUCUAUGGACAUGUGGACGUCCAACCAGCCAAGCUCGAGGAUGGCUGGAGAACUGAACCCUACAACCUCACCGAGAUUGACGGUAACCUGUAUGGAAGAGGAGCCUCAGACAACAAAGCUCCCGUUUUGGCCUGGAUCCAUGCUGUGGAGGCUUACCAGGCCCUCAAUAUGGAGUUGCCGGUGAAUGUGAAAUUUGUGAUCGAAGGCAUGGAGGAGACCGGAUCCAACGGUCUGGACGCUAUGAUUCUAGCUCAGAGAGACACUUUCUUCAGCGACGUGGACUUCAUCGUCAUCUCGGACUGCGGAUGGCUCAGCAAAAGACCAGCGCUCACAUACGGAACCAGGGGGAACUGCUACUUCUUUGCAGAGGUUGAGGGACCGAGACAGGACCUGCACUCUGGAGUGUACGGAGGAACCGUUAUAGAGCCAAUGAUCGAUCUUAUUGGCAUUUUAGACACUUUGAUCAGCCCCAGUGGUAAAAUCCUCAUUCCGGGGAUAAGGGAGGCUGUGGCCCCUCUCACAGACGAGGAGUGGAAAAUGUACCAGGACAUCCAGUUUGACUUUGACCACUACAAGAGCAAGAUAGGAGUCAGCCACCUCAUGUACAAUAAUAAGGUAGAUUUAUUGGCCCACAGGUGGCGCCACCCGACAGUCAGCAUCCACGGGAUUGAGGGCGCCUUCUCUGACCCUGGCACAAAAACUGUCAUUCCCGCUAAAGUCACGGCAAAAUUUUCAAUCAGACAAGUCCCUGACAUGGAUCCUGCCGUUGUCAAGAAGCAGGUGACAGACUACCUCCACUCUGUGUUUGCCAAGAGGAAGAGUCCUAACAAGCUGAAGGUCACCAUGGUGAUUGGAGCUAAGCCUUGGCUUGCUGACACUAAACACGAGCUGUAUCAGGCUGGGAAAGCUGCAGUCAAAAGAGUUUUUAACGUGGACCCAGACCUGAUCCGUGAGGGCGGGACCAUCCCCGUUGCUCGCACGUUCCAGGAUGUGACAGGGAAAAGCAUCAUCAUGCUGCCCAUCGGAGGAUUUGACGACGGCCUGCACUCCCAGAACGAGAAGAUGAGCAGAUACAACUAUAUCGAGGGAACCAAGUUAUUCAUCGCCUACCUACAUGAGGUAGCCCAGAUCAAAAAGAGUGUGUGAUGCUUCCUGGCAGGAACCUCGAUAUCUCAACAUCUCAACAUAAUAUCUGAUGAAUCUGCUACUGAUUUUCAAAAGACUAUUUCAUUUCUAUACCAGGUUUGUUUUUCAAAUGCAAACAGUUAUAUUUAGCAUGAAGUACACAAUGGAUGCCUAUUCUAAAUGUCCUAAAUACAGAACAAUGCAACAAAA